GUGAGCCCUUAGGGGUAAAAUAUAUUUCGUGAGUGAGUCUGAGUGAGCUCCACAUUUUUUGCCGACCUAUUGUCAUGAUAUUACAUUAUAAGCAUUGAGGGGUCUGCUAUGAAAAGAACACUUGUGUGCAGCGAUGUACAGAUUUUUCUCUCUCGAAAGAGCACAGUUACAUAAACUUGCAGCAGAUAACUAGUGGUUGGCACUUCUGACCCCUUUCGACACACCGAUCUCGUGCAUGGACAUUGUUUCUACAACCACUUGCAGUUGGGGCACCAACACUGAGAAACUCACAUUUGAGUCGUCUUUUUAACAGUAAACCAUACUGUACACAAAACUAAAUGGCACCUCUCAUGUGUUAAAAAGAGACUUUAGAGUUACAAAUACCUACAGCAUAUUAUUGGUGUUGUGUCAGAGCCAUUUUUCUACACAGCUUUUCAGGGACAAGCAGACUCGCCUGAUAAAUGGAAUGGCAGGGACUGAAGUGGACUUGGCUGGUGAUGGCCGCUGCGAUUCACCAGGGCAUAGCGCAAAAUACUGCACCUACACUCUGCUGUGCAGCCGUACCAACCAAAUUGUGCACUGUGAGCAAGUGCAAGUUAGACAGGCAAGUACAAAUAAGGCGAAUUAUUCGGUCCACUGCAACCAAGUUCUACCCAUAAUGUUUGUUCACAGUCGGCUGCUGUGCCAAGCAGCGCUUCAAUGGAGAAGGAGGCAUUGGUGAGAAGCUUAGACCUUUUGGAACAGCUGGGCAUCACAAUCCGCUCACUCACCACAGAUCGCCAUCCUUCCAUUAGGACAUUCUGCAGGCAGAAAAGGCCUGGAAUGCCUCAUUAUUUUGACACGUGGCACAUAGGAAAGGGACUGAGGAAGAAGCUCAGAGCAGCUGCUAAACUACGCAACUGCGGUCUGAUCCAAAAAUGGACUCAGAGCAUUAUAAAUCAUCUAUAUUGGGUGGCUGCUACGGGAGAAGGUGAUGGGGAACUGAUGGUCAGCAUGUGGAAAUCCCUGCUCAAUCACAUCUGCGACCAGCACCACGGACAUGAAGGGCCAUAUUCAGAAUGUAUACAUGGGCCUCUUGAAGACAGAGCGUGGAUGAGACGAGAUUCACCUGCCUUCCAGAAACUGAGAUCAAUAUUGGAAAGCCCUCGCUUGCUGAGCGAUUUGCACCACCUUUCACCUGCAGCACAAACAUGCUCGUUGGAGUCGUUCAACAGCUUGUUGAUUCGCUUUGCACCUAAAUCUGUGGCCUACUCACCAGAUGGCAUGAAAGCAAGGACUCAACUAGCUGUUCUACACCACAAUGAGAAUGCUACAAGGCAUCAGGCUCGCACCAGGAAAGGAUCUUUGCAGUGGAAAGUAAAGCUCAGCAAAGCAAGAAAGGGGCACUUUACUGUUUCCCCAUACAAGGGAUUGCCAACCUAUGGGUAUGUUGACGAGCUCAUCACAGCUGUGAUCAUGAAGUGUGAGGCCAGCGCACACCGGAGCAGCCUUGCCAGCAGCUCAUCGGGGCCACCCCUGCACAUGACGGAUUAAUUUGAAAG